AUGGGAAUUUCUGGAUUUUUACCGCUUCUAAAAUCCAUCCAUGAAUCAGUUCACCUGUCGAGUUUUGCAGGAAAAACUGUGGCCGUCGAUGGCAAUGUGUGGAUGCAUCGUGGUGCGUUUACCUGCGCAGUCGACUUGGCAACCAAUGUCAGCACAACGAAAUACGUGGAUUACUUUAUGCGGCAGGUAGAGAUGCUCUUAUGCUACAAAAUCAUUCCCCUGAUUGUCUUUGAUGGUGAACCUUUACCUAUCAAAGCCUGUACCAACGAUGAGCGAAGAAGACGUCGCGAAGAAGCUCUGGAAAAAGGUCGUUUGUUGAUGCAGCAAGGCAACAAAAAGGAAGCAUAUGAAUACUUUUGCAAAUCGGUGCAAGUAACGCGCGACAUGGUGAAACAAGUGAUUGCGGCCCUGGAAGCGAGGAAUAUCCAGAAUGUGGUGGCACCUUACGAAGCCGAUCCUCAGCUAGCGUAUCUGAUGAAAACCAAAAAGGCCGAUGCCGUGAUUACCGAAGAUUCCGAUCUUUUGGUGUUUGGAUGUGAUUGUGUGAUUUUCAAGUUGAACAAGUAUGGUGAAGGUGUGCAAAUUCGGCUUUCGAAUCUGAACCGAUUGAAGGAAAUGAAACUUGGAGAUUGGGACGCCACGAAAAUUCGACACAUGUGCAUCUUAUCCGGCUGUGACUACCUGCCUUCGCUCCCUGGCGUCGGUCUCAAAACCGCCUAUCAACUCCUCAAAACUUACAAGUCGGCUGAUCAGGUUAUCAAAGUGCUACGAUCCCAAGGAAAGAUGAAAAAGAUCCCUCAUUAUCAAGAGGCUUUCCAUCGUGCUGAUCAGGCAUUCAUGUAUCCAUUUGUCUUUGACUUGGAUUUGCAGCAAGUGGUUCGCCUCAAUCCUUUGGAAUCCAAAGAUAUAACACUCGAUUUCUUGGGCGCCCAUCCUUCCAAUGUCAAACUGCCAACCUCUACACCUCCACUUCCAUGCAAUGAUGUUAGCGAUGCCAACAAGGAAAAUAUCCCAGUAAGUUUUCUCAUAAAUUGA